AUGGACAACGAUCUCAUAGAGCAACGCCUCACCACUUCCCUCUUUCUCCUCUCUCUCCCUGCCAGAUACAUCAAUGAAGAACCUUGCUGUGGUAACAUGACGUCGACACCGGAGACGGCGAUGGAUUUCCUGGCAAUCAGCGACUAGUAGAGGGCCUGUCGAACCCCGACGGGAGCAGCGUCUCGUAUCAAACCUACUUCGAUAGGUGGCAACCUGUUGGCAACCACACGAUACCGAGCGUUGUGGGGGAGGACCGAUCUUGAGCGAGAGAGCCCGGCCCUCGAGAUGCGGCAGUAGCGACAAAAAGGAACACUUCGGACCGGAUAGUCGUAUUGGCCGUGCUACAAGCUCACUCGAGGAUAUGAUGAUGGCAUGAUGCCGGCUUCGUGUCAGUUCGAUGCGGGCUAGUCCCUUCGCAGCGCCGUCUUCUGGCGGCUCGCUCUCAGCGCGUUUCCUUGCUGUGCUAUGGCAAUACAUUGACUUGUAAGGAAGUUAGUGGUGAGAUAUGAAGGAAUAGGCGGCUAGCCUCGCUCUCGAACACCAAACCCAGUACUUCGAAGUAUGCUUCAGCAUGGCGAGGGUUGCGAGGCGUCCAGUAGUUUCCAGUCUGGCGGCUUUGCCUCUCACUUCCAGCGGUAGUAAAGCUGGUGCGCGAAAUCGCAAACGGUGUUGUUGGAUGUUUUUCCCUUGGUUUCCUGUGGAUGUUUCGUGCAUUGCUUUUGUGGGGGUGUGGUUGCAGUUGCCCCCCUCUCCCUUCGUCGUGUACGCUCGGCGCGGAAACCAGGAAAACGUGGCUGUAGAACCAAGGGGAGCAGGUGACGUCAUCUAGCCGCUUUGGAAAGCAGUAUUUAGUUCAUUGCAAACACGAACCGCUUGUUAUGUAGGCGUCGUGAUUGCGUAGGCGCAGCGAUGGAUUUCCGUGCCUUGUACGGAUUGUACGGGACCAGGUCCAUUUUGAGAAGCCUCCCGCCAGAUCCACCCGUCAGCCACAUCCGUUAAGCAUUGGUUUCGUCCAGUGUCGCGAGCCUUCGUAACCUAAGUUACUGUUCGCGGUCGUGCGCUCUCUUUGCGCUGUUGGAGGUGGAGGGUAUUUUGAGGCCAGUUGAUCUCAGUUGUUCUCGUUGUGAUUGCCCGUCAUGUCGUGUAAGAGGGAUACGAUAGUAUUUCUGUGAUGUCAUGUAUAUUUUCUAGAUAAACAGCGGUAUGACAGGGGUUGAGGUGUUGGCCCUCCCUCAUGGAAGGCGUGCUCGAUGGAAGGCGUGCUCGACUUGCGCUUUAUCGGAACAAUUGACGCCAAUGCAUUGCAGGAACGUAGGAACAUGUUGGACCGAAUUUGUCGUGUUCCUGCAAACAUGUUGUGUCUGGCUGUCGUUCUAUCCUUCCGGUUGCCGUUGUGGAAAAUUGUGAAGGAACUUCCUGGCGCAUGGUCUUAAACUUGGGCUGAAUCGCUGAGCGUGGCUGGAAUAGACGUUUGGGUGUUUGUCUUCUUCCUCUGGUGGUCCAGAGUUACCACGUGUUGCAUAAUAUUUCGGCAUGCCGGCCACCUAUAUAAUGUGCCGUGUUUUCGGGCAGCGUUUGUAUUGCUGUAUGGUUUUGAACGUCCGUAAACAAUUUUUGAAACGAAGGUCAUUUUUUGAUGUCUGAUACCGUUCGCACGAUGUCUGUUUUUAGUCCCCGAACCAUGGACGAUGGAACAGUUGUAUUUCGUUUUGCUUUUUUCUCAUUGUUGGUGCAACUGUCGACUCCGAACCGCAUGUGUCACAUCCAC